GUUUGUUUAUUUCUUUUAACAAAAAAAUUUUUUUUUUCUACAAACGGAUGAUUUGCUGUUAUCUGUUGCCAUUGCCUUGGGGCUUCAUUUUGUAUCUUUAUUAUUUUUAUUAGAGCUUUUAGAGAUUUAAAAGUUGAUGAUGGAAAAUAUGGGUUGCUUGAUUUUUAGGAACUCUAAAAAAAACAGAAAAUAUAAUUGUAAUUUAGUCGUGGAUAAAUCAAAAUCAUUUAGAACCAGAAAACGAUACCGUCAUCAUCUUGUUUCUCAGGACUCCAAAACGACACCGUGGAGCACGAAUGAACGAACAAGCAGUGGUAGUGUUAUAUAAGGACGCCAUUGACCGAAGAGUCAACGUUUGGCUUGGUCUGUCUGUGUGUUCGGCUCUCAGUUAUUUGAAAAAGAAAAAAAAACUCUCGCAAAUGGCGAUGAUAAAUUUCAGGGUUUUCUUCUUAGCUCUGCUCCUCCUCGCUUCUCCUCUCCUUCAAGUUGCUAGGUGUCAAUUAGAAUCAGAGGCAGAUGUUGCAGAAGCUGUUGAAGGAGGUGAUCUUGGGAUUGUUGGUGAGGAUGUUCAGGAUUUUAGUGAUGGGAAUUUUGGCCCAGCUCCAGGUGUUGAAACUGUCUGCGUUUUCCCCAAAAAUAGCGCCAAAUUGGUUGUCGCUGGAGAAGAGACAGAACUCCUUGUUGGGAUGGAAAAUGUUGGGGAGUCACCUGUGAAUGUCAUUGCUGUCAAAGCCAGUGUUCAUCUCCCUUUUGAUCAUCGUAUGCUUGUUCAAAAUCUUACAGCACAGGCCUUUAACAAUGCAUCUGUACCCCCUUCAGCACAAGCCACUUUCCCUUACAUAUUUGCUGUUAGCAAGUACUUACAGCCUGGAACUUUUGAUCUUGUGGGUACAAUUGUUUAUGAUAUUGACCAGCACCCAUACCAAAAUACAUUCUAUAAUGGUACCAUUGAAGUUAUUGAGGCUGGUGGUUUCCUCAGUGUUGAGUCCGUUUUUCUUGUUACCCUUGGGAUAGCACUUCUUGUUCUCUUUGGUUUAUGGCUUCAUGGUCAAUUUCAACGUAUCUCCAAGAAAACUAAGAGGGCUACAAAGGUGGAAGUCGGAACUGGGACUACUGAUGCCUCGCUGGAUGAAUGGCUUCAGGGAACUGCUUACACUCAGUCUGCUUCCAAAUUAAAGAAGAAGUAGAUGGGCAGUGCCUGUGAAGUGCAGGCUAUUGUAACUCAUGCUAGGCAUUUGGAAAUUCUAAGUGAAGGCACGGGCAGUUUGAGAAUUAGGCCAGGAAAAGACAUACCUUGCUGCUGUAGCAUUUGAAAAAAUUUUUUUUUUACAUUUUUAUUUUCUUGAGGAUGCUGGAAUCGAGCCUUUUUGAAAAACUAUGAUAUGAGACAGAAUGAUACAUUUUAUUGAACUUGAGGAAUUUUUCCAGAUCACAUGAUAUUUUCCUGCUUCAAGCCA